AUGUACGGUGGAACUGUAAGAAGAGUAUCACGGCAAGAUAUAAAACUGGUAAAAGCUUCUCUGGAAAUGGAGGAUAACGACCCGAAAAACGACUUGUAUAAAGAAUGUUUUUAUGCUGGAGGCUUAAGUGAAUACAUUAAUUGGCGAAAUGCCAAUAAGAAACCGCUUCAUGAUGUGCUGCGUUUCAGAAAAGAGAUAAAUGGUACCUCCAUGGAUAUUGCACUUCAAUGGUGCCUAGAUGGAUAUUCAGACACAAUUCUGGGAUAUGCCAAUAGCAUCCGCACCACUGAUGGUGGAACACACAUAGAUGGUGUGAAAGCUUCAAUAACACGAACUCUGAACAGCCUUGCGAAAAAGUCGAAGGUUAUCAAGGAGGAUAUAACCUUGGGUGGGGAGCAUAUUAGGGAAGGACUGACUUGCAUUGUCUCAGUAAAUGUUCCAAAUCCUGAGUUUGAAGGUCAAACACAGACGAGAUUAGGAAAUCCAUAUGUCAGGGAAAUUGUUGACCAAUCAGUCGAGGAGUACCUAACGGAGUAUUUUGAAUUGCAUCCAGAUGUACUUGAGGGCAUUAUUUCCAAGUCCUUGAACGCUUACAAGACUGCUUUGGCUGUCAAGAGGGCAAGGGAAGUGAUUCGAUCAAAAAGCGUAUCAACACUGAGCACCAUUCCUGAGAAACCGACCAACUGCUCUUCUAAAAAAUCUGAGAUUUGUAUAGGCGGAGGAAAUUCUUCUGGUGGUGCUGCAAAACACAGCCUUGACAGGCGUUUCCAGAGCAAACGGACACGGGAGCAACCUUGGAGUGAUUAUGCAGUCUCUACAGCUCGUGGAAAGUCUUUAGAGAAUACUAGUGAUUCAAGCUUUGAGAAGAAAAGCAAAAAACCGAAGUCUUGUGUUCCAUCCUCAGACCCUUGUUGUUCUUCACGACAAAUUGCUGUUGCUUCAAACCCACAAAUCCCUAAAGAUGUUAGCAAGAAGAGUCCCAAAGAUGUUACCCAUGGCUCAAACAAAACAAGACCAUUUAUACCGAUCGGUCCUGGAUUUCAAGCUGAAAUUCCAGUUUGGGUUGCCCCUACAAAGAAGGGUAAAUUUUAUGGUAGUCCCGGAGAUUCGAAUACUCUAAGAUGGCUGGGAACUGGUGUUUGGCCAACAUAUAGCCUUAAAAAGAAAGUUCACUACAAAAAAGUCGGCGAAGGGAGAUCCGACUCUUGUUCUUGUGCUUCUCCAAGAUCAACCAAUUGCAUGAAACAACACAUUAGAGAGGCACGGGAGCUUCUAGAGAAAGAACUUAACCGUGCUUUCUAUACUUGGAAGUUUGAUCAAAUGGGUGAAGUCGUGUCAAAGUCAUGGACAUCCAAAGAAGAGCAAAGGUUUGAAGCUCUUGUGAAAAAGAAUCCUUUGUCAACUAGUGAAGGAUUUUGGGAAUUUGCUUCCAAAGCUUUCCCAAGAAGAAGUGAGAAGGAUCUCAUUAAUUACUAUCAAAAUGUUUUCCUCAUCAGACGAAUGAGAAUGCUUGCUAAAUCUUCUGCUGACCACAUCGAUAGCGAUGAUGACCACUAUGAUGACUUCUUAGCGGGAUGA